GCAGCGCGGGCUCCGCACCGGGACUCGCCCUGCCCGCAGCAGCGCCCUCGCUGAAGGCGGCGCGGCCCGCGCCCCGGGGAAGGGGGGCUGCAGCAGCCCGGCGAGCCGCCCACCCGCGCCGCGCCGCGGGCAUCGCCCCCACUCGCGUCCCUCCCGGCCCCGCAGGGCGGAAAGGCGGCGGCGGCGGCAUUGUGAAGCGCGCAGCGGAUCGCAGGCCCGGGAGCAGCGGGGCUCCCGCCCGAGCCCGAUGAGCCAGCCGGACAGCAGCGCCCCGGAGCCGGCGGCGGCGCCGGGAGAGCAGACGACAAAAAAUGAAAUUAAGCCCUGCUGCAAGAGGAGUGAACGAGGUGACCCCACUACAUCUCUUCCAACCCAAAUGCAUCUGUGAUCAGGCUGAUGAGAGCAGCAGUACUGGGAAGAGAAGCUCUUCAAGCAGGGAGCACUUGAAGAGGAGUCCGAAGAGCCCGAAAGCAGAGGGCUCUGAUUCGGUGACAUCUCAGUCCUCGCCGAGUGAAGAGCCCGGAACAAUGACGGAGGUGAAGGUGAAAACAGAGAUACCAGAUGACUAUAUUCAAGAGGUGAUCUGGCAGGAUGACACCAAAGAUUCCAAGAAAAACAUAAAGGAUGGGCCAGGAGAUGUGCCAGCAGAAAUCUGUGUGGUGAUUGGAGGGGUCCGCAACCAGCAGACACUUGAUGGAAAAGCAGUGGAACACAGCUCUCCUGUUGGAUAUACACGAAAUCGAUACUCAGGCACCUGGAUUUUUGACCAUGCAUUGAGAUACACAUCCGGGUCUUAUGAGUGUGGAAUAUGUGGGAAGAAAUACAAGUAUUACAACUGUUUCCAGACCCAUGUGCGGGCGCAUAGAGACACUGAAGCUGCCUCAGGUGAAGGAGCCUCACAAGGCAACAAUUUUAGGUACACAUGUGACAUUUGUGGGAAAAAAUAUAAAUACUACAGCUGUUUCCAAGAGCACAGAGACCUGCAUGCGGUGGAUGUUUUUAGUGUGGAAGGGGCCCCAGAAAACCGGGCAGACCCUUAUGACCAGACAGUCAUAGCAGCAGAUGAAGUGAAAGAAGAGGAGCCAGAACCAUUUCAGAAGAUUGGUCCAACACCAACAGACACAGGAAGUACCACGGGUCUUGCAAGAAAGCCCUUUCUCCUGAGAUUUCCAGCCCGGUUUUACAAUCCCAAAACUGGCAAUUAUACAUGUGAAUUCUGUGGCAAGCAGUACAAAUAUUACACUCCCUACCAGGAACAUGUGGCGCUGCAUGCACCUAUUAAGUUCUCUCGAUCUCCACUCUUCGUGGCAGUGAAGACACAGGCGAGCCAAUCCGGCAAAAAAACACCGGCUUCCAUAAUCCGAUGUUCCACCCUCCUGCACCGCUCCCCGUCCGGUAUCCCACCGGCAUCCCAAUCCCAGAUGUUCCGCGCUCCAAAUUCUGGAUCCCCAGGAAGCAAGGCCACGACAGCAGAAAGCGCGUUCAGUAGGAGAGUGGAAGGCAAAGCGCAAAACAACUUUGAAGAAACAAACAGCAGCUCCCAAAACUCUAGUGAAACCGCAAGUCCCCUGAUUUCAAAUCCUUUCCCGCUUUUACAAAAACCUUACACCUGUGGAGCUUGUGGAAUCCAGUUUCAGUUUUAUAACAAUCUGCUGGAGCACAUGCAGUCCCAUGCAGCUGACAAUGAGAACAAUAUUGCCUCUAACCAACCCAGAUCACCUCUGACUGUUGUGGAAGAAAAAUGGAAACCACAGCUCCAAAGAAACAAUGCCAAUAAUACAUCUGCAAGUGGUUCAGUAGCAAACAGCGCGAUCCCGGAGAAGGAGCGGCAGAACAUUGCUGAAAGGCUGCUGCGGGUGAUGUGCACCGACCUCGGAGCUUUGAGUGUGGUGAGCGGGAAGGAAUUCAUCAAGCUGGCACAGACCUUGGUGGAUAGUGGUGCUCGCUACGGUGCUUUCUCUGUCACAGAAAUCCUUGGCAACUUCAACACACUGGCGCUGAAGCAUUUGCCUCGGAUGUACAACCAAGUGAAAGUGAAAGUCACCUGUGCCCUGGGCAGCAAUGCCUGCCUAGGCAUAGGUGUCACUUGCCACUCUCAGAGCGUUGGCCCUGAUUCCUGCUACAUCCUGACAGCUUAUCAGGUUGAAGGCAACCACAUCAAGAGUUAUGUCCUGGGAAUUAAGGGGGUGGACAUCCGAGAUAAUGGUGAUUUUAUCCACCACUGGGUGCAGAACGUGAUGUCUGAGUUUGUGAUGUCGGAAAUCAGGACAGUGUACGUCACAGACUGCAAAGUCAACUCCUCUGCGUUCUCCAAGGCAGGCAUGUGCUUGCGUUGUUCGGCCUGUGCCUUGAACUCAGUCGUGCAGAGUGUGUUGAGUAAGCGAACACUACAGGCUCGCAACAUGCACGAAGUCAUUGAGCUCCUGAAUGUCUGUGAAGAUUUGGCAGGAUCCACGGGCCUCUCAAAGGAGACCUUUGGCUCUCUGGAGGAGACGUCUCCCCCACCGUGCUGGAACUCAGUGACUGACUCCCUCCUGCUUGUCCAUGAGCGUUAUGAGCAGAUAUGUGAGUUCUACAGCAGAGCCAAGAAGAUGAACCUCAUCCAAAACCUGAACAAGCAUCUUCUCAGCAACCUGGCAGCCAUUUUGGCCCCAGUGAAACAAGCAGUUAUUGAACUGAGCAAUGAGAGCCGGCCCACCCUGCAGCUGGUACUGCCCACUUACGUGAAACUGGAGAAACUGUUCACUUCCAAAGCCAAUGACGCUGGCAUAGUCAGCAAGCUUUGCCACCUCUUCCUGGAGGCACUGAAGGAGAACUUCAAAGUUCACUCUGCACACAAAGUAGCCAUGAUCUUGGACCCUCAGCAGAAGCUGCGGCCAGUCCCACCAUACCAGCAUGAAGAGAUCAUUGGCAAGGUCUGUGAAUUGAUCAAUGAAGUGAAAGAGUCCUGGGCAGAAGAACCAGAAUUUGAACCUUCUACCAAGAAACCACGGGCAGCAGGUGAGGCCCCGCCAGCUCAGGAAGAAGAGCAGUUUGGGAAAAAUGAAGUCUACGAUUAUUUGCAAGAACCCCUCUUCCAGGCCACCCCUGAUCUAUUUCAGUACUGGUCAUGUGUUACCCAAAAGCAUACGAAACUAGCCAAGUUGGCCUUUUGGCUCUUAGCAGUGCCUGCUGUCGGUGCCAGAAGUGAAUGUGUAAAUAUGUGUGAGCAGGCCCUCUUAAUCAAAAGGAGGCGGCUGCUCAGUCCAGAAGACAUGAACAAACUCAUGUUUUUGAAGUCCAACAUGCUUUAAAACUGUCUUUUAAUUAAAAAAAAAAUUAAAACACUGUUCCAAACAAAGAAAAGAAUUUAAGUUCUAAACACUGUGGACCUCAUUAUG